AACAGAGGGCGCUACAGAUGUCCAACAACGGCAUGCAGAUGUUUCACGUUUCAUUAAUAAUGAAUUAUGCCAUAAUGCCCGAGACGAUUGAUACCACGCCCACUGAUUUGCAACUAAAUAAAUAGCUUAUGAAUUAUGGAUAUUUCCUAUAAAAUGACGUCAAAAAACAGGAAUGAUUCAUAAAAAAAGUUAUGAAUCGACCCCAGACGAACUCAGCUGAUUACGCUGGUACUCGACACUUUCUGUUAUGUGGCAGGAACACGGAUUGGCCGCGGACCAGUGAAGAAUCGUCCACCAGCAAAAUUUAUCCUUUGUGUCAAGAUGGCGACCGGCUGUUGUGGAGUGAAACGGCAGAAAGUCUCCGCGCCUUCCGACCGAAAUGACCGGUCGGACCGCUGCGAAAAGGGCGACCGUUGCUCCCAUCCUAACCACGAUCACCGGCCAAGCACGAGCUCCGGUUGUGGUGACCCACAGCGGGCCCUUCAACCGAAAAUGAACGGUUAUCAUCACGCUUACUCCGGCGGUGGGCACGGCCACAACAGUCACAGUGGCCACCAAAACAAUUCCAACCACCGAAUAGUGUGUGCCGAGAUGUGUUUUUUCUGUUUCGAUGUUUUGUAUCGCCACUUUCACAUGUUGAAUGGCGAACCGCCGAGAGUGCCCACAUUUACCGAUGCUCCAUUUCCCUUGUUUGUGACGUGGAAGAUCGGGAAGGACAAGCGUCUACGUGGCUGUAUAGGAACCUUUACUGCCUUGAAUCUACACGAUGGCCUCAGGGAAUAUGCAAUCUCUAGUGCUUUUAAGGAUAGUCGUUUCCCGCCUGUCAAUAAGGAGGAGAUAUCCCGUAUGUCAUGCUCCGUCUCGCUGCUACGUCACUUUGAGGAGGCCCGAGACUACGAAGAUUGGGAGGUCGGCGUCCAUGGUAUUCGCAUAGAAUUCUACAACGAGAAAGGUCAGAAGAAGACUGCUACUUACCUUCCAGAAGUAGCCUCGGAACAGAAUUGGAACAAAGAGCAGACGAUAGACUCGCUGCUACGCAAGGGCGGCUACAAGACGCCCAUCACCAACGACUUCCGCAAGACGAUACGGGUGACCCGCUACCAGAGCGAGAAGAUCUCGGUCCACUUCAGCGACUACGCCGAUCACUUUCGUCAGAACGGGCGGGUUUAAUGAAUGGCAGCCACAAGCGCAAACUCUGUGGGGGAGGAGGGGCCUCAGGCACACGUGCACGGCGCUCGUGAUCCUCGGCGUCGUGUUCGCGAUUUACUUUUUCAACUGAGCUUUUUUUGUUAAGUGCGGUAUUGUCGGGGAGGCCAUCACAAGUUCUUCAGUCUAAAAGUCAAGUCCCAAGCAAUUUGUGACAAAAGCAUUCCUUUGUCAGCGUGUUCAUCCCCAGUUGCUCGAGACUGGACUUGCGAAAGGACUUGGGAUUUACUUUUUGACCGGACUUGUGAUGGACUUGACUCCAAAACUGUCCAAGCAGUGGGAUAGGUUAAAACGUCACCUCACGCAACACUUCAGGACGUGGUUGAUACUUGGACGUGCAAAUUUAAACAUUUGGACAACAUGUAACAAUCACAGCCAAGUGUGUGGAAAUGAGUCGAAAUUUGGAAAGAAUUUUGCAUCCUGACGCCAGUUUUUCAUCAUAUAUUCAUAUGUAUAUUACCUCAAUGAAGGCCAGUCAUCACAAAAAUGUUGAAAAGACAUGAAUCUGGGACUAAGACACAUUUCCAAUUUUGUUAGCAAAUACUUGGUAUAAAUGUACUCAACAAUCCAUAGACUUUUUACGCAACCUAAGAAGUGGCGUUACGAUGCUACAUUCUUUCCGAAACUUUUUGCAGAGUUGCUGGGCGAGUACUUGCUACGAUGUCACAAAUCCGUGUUCCAGUUUCGAGUGUGAACCGGCCUUUACACAUGCGUAGCAUCAGUUUUAACAUUGAAACCCUGUUCAUACUUCAUGCCAAUUUUAGAGCGAAGCGAAGUUGCUUGUGUUUCCGAAUUUGCUCGUGUUUCUGAGUGUGCUUGUGUUUCAAGAAGUUGGCACAGCUCUCAUGUAUGCAGUAUGAGCUAACCACACUAGUCUGGCAUUAUUAGUGUUGCGAAAAUGAACUUGGGCAACUGUAUACAUGUACAUGGACACUUGUCUGUAGCAUGUUGUGAGGACAGUAUGUCACGAAUUGGCAUUCAUGCAACAAUGUGUGGUUAAACCAUAGAGCUAUAUUAAAUUACUAGAGCGCUAACUUUGUGUACAAAGUAAUGCCUGCUGGGCGCAUCCAUGUGUGUGCAGAAACCUAUGGAGACCAAGAAAUUUUGUACGGCUAUUUGCAUAUCUGCGUUUGUAUUCCAUACUGGUGCGUUAUCGAAGCCGAUACGCCUAAAACCGUAACGCACGAUCAGCAAAUGAGCAUGUCAUU